UUUGUCUUAAUAAUAUACAACUAUUAUACUCCCUCCCAAGUCCCCAACUCUGGUUAAGUAACAUUGCAUAAUCAUCCAAAUUUUUAUUACCAAAUCCCCUCUCUUUCAUCCUCACACCUCUUUUGCUUGCUUGAGAGAAUCGAAGUCUCUUUAAAAAAAGAAAGUUAAAAAAAGAAGUGAGUGUGAUGAAGAAAGGACUCACCUUUGUGGUUUCUGUUUUGCUAAACAUUUGGAGAAACUACUAAUUCAUCUAUCUAUCAUUGUGAUAUGUGAAUAGCGCAUCUUAUCGUGUCUUUUGUAACUUUGAACGAAAAAAAACCCUUUUAAAAACAUUCAUAUUUUUCGAUAGAUCCAAAAAACCUAUGCUUUUUACGAAUAUUACACAAAAUGCCGCUAUAAUAUACUACUAUACGCGUUCAAAUUAUAUAUUUUGGUAGACUCCAUAAAAACCUAUACCUUUUACCAAUAUUCCACAAAAUGCCGCUAUAAUAUACUACUAUACUAGUCUAGAAUCACAUUGACAGUUUAGGACAAACAUUAGAGGGGUUGCUAAAGUAGAUAAAAACAAGUACCUCCUCUGUUUUAAGAGCAAAAAUUUGGCAAAGUCCUGCUUUCACUCCCACCCACAAGAGCAAAAGAGAGAGAAAGUAAGAAAGAGUUUGUGUUUAGAAGUGAAGUUAGAGAGAGAAAGAAGAAGGAAAAAAAAGGAAGAGAGAGAGAGAGAUAGAGAUGGUGGGCUCAGGAGCAGGAGAUAGGAGCAAAGAGGCAGUUGGGAUGAUGGCCCUUCAUGAGGCCCUCAGAAGCGUCUGUUUAAACUCAGACUGGACUUACUCUGUCUUCUGGACCAUCCGUCCUCGCCCGAGAGUUAGAGGUGGAAAUGGUUGCAAAGUUGGUGAUGAUAAUGGAAGCUUGAUGUUGAUGUGGGAAGAUGGGUUUUGCCGAGGAAGAGUUGCAGAUUGCUUGGAUGAGAUUGAUAGUGAAGAUCCUGUCAGAAAGUCCUUCAGCAAGAUGUCCAUUCAGUUAUAUAAUUAUGGAGAAGGGUUGAUGGGGAAGGUUGCAUCGGAUAAAUGUCACAAAUGGGUUUUCAAAGAGCCUUCAGAAUGUGAACCAAACAUUUCAAACUACUGGCAGAGCUCCUUUGAUGCUGUAUGUAGCCAAAAUCUUCCAACUGAAUGGACUGAUCAAUUCGAAUCUGGUAUCCAGACGAUAGCUGUAAUUCAAGCCGGUCAUGGACUUCUUCAAUUAGGUUCCUGCAAGAUUAUACCUGAAGAUCUUCACUUUGUGCUACGAAUGAGACAUACCUUUGAAUCUCUAGGCUACCAAUCUGGCUUCUACCUUUCACAGCUUUUCUCCUCAACCAGAAAUGCUUCCUCUUCUGCUACUAUCCCCACAAAGCAGCCUGGCCCCGUGUUGGGUCCUCCGCCGCUCUUCAACUGGGGUCCACGCUCCCUUUCGUCUCCUUCUUCAAUGCUUGCACCUCCCAAUUUCCAGAGACCUCUCGGGUUCGCACAUGCAAAAGAUGAGCCCCACAUGUUUUUGAUGCCUCAUUCAGCAGAAAAUCGAAUGGAUGAAAUGAUGGGAGAACACGAAUCGGAUAUCAAGUGGCCCAAUGGGCUCUCAUUCUUCAAUGCACUCACCGGAAGGGCCGAUGAAGCCAAGCUAUUGUUCAGCCCAGAGAACUUGGGUCACAAGCCUGAUUCAAGCUCUAACCCUGAGGGCUCAAAUCCAAAUAUGCAAGGUGGUGGUGGGGGGAACCAGAACGAGUUCUUAAGCUUAGAUAAUCAUCAGGAGCAGAUGAGGAAGAAUAUUGAGAACAAAUUCAAGAGGAGCUUUACUUUACCUGCUAGAAUGGCUUCUUCAGCUUCUUCAACUUCACUUGAUCACCAUCCUCAACAUCCACAGGAAUAUCGAAAUCCCGAAGCCGGAAUGUACUCUGAUGUAAUGGAGACAUACUUAGAGUGAUGAGAGAAGGGUGAAAAACUUUGUAACUAGGUUAUGCUAGUUUUCUUUUUCUUUUUUCUAGUUUCGUUAGUUUAACUGUUCAUGUUCUUUUUAGGCCUUUGUUCUUUCUCCUUGUGAUGUUUAACUGAACUCUCUUCACCAAUUUAUUGUAGCUUAUGGGAACAUAAAUUGUAGUUGAAGUUUCGUUUUCCUUCUCUUAAACAAAAGAAGAAGAAAAAAAAUCUUUGCCGGGUAA